AUGUCGCUUCCGCAGCAGAAGAGCAUCGCUGUUGUCCACACACAUGUCUGGAAUAUGGACGGUCUCAUGACGGCUCCCGGCCCAACAGUUAAGAGGCGGAGCAGCCGGAGAAAGCGGUGUGCAGAUUGCAGAGCUGGAGAGUCCGCCCUCAGCGGAUCUUGCGUUCUUCAUACCCCAAAUCACCUUGCCAAAAGGGAAGAAACUCCUGAAAUGAAUUGGAGGCAUCUACACCUUCUCCGCCAGGAAGAUUUCCAGACUUCCCCAUCAACCAGUUCUGAAGGAUCCAGUCCUUCCGAGGCUUCGUUAGCGUGCGAAGAGAUGAAGUUAAAGACAAGAUUUUUAUUUGCCGGUAUUCGAACGACAGAGGGCGAGCUGGAAUCUAUCCUGGACGAUUUAUCUGGCAGCCUCGACAAAGCGGAAAGGCCGGAACCAUCCCCAUUGGUUGGCAGCUAUUCAAAUAAAAAGCGAAGGGGCGAAGAAGUUAAGCAAGAAUACACGGAGGAGGCAUAUCGAGGGUUUGAGACUUGGAUAAUGGGCUCAUACGAGCAAAUGUUUUGCUUCGCCCGGGGCGAUUGCUCUGGGUCGCAAAUAUGCGAUUGA